AUGGGUCACCCAGACCCCCGGACUACCGCGGUGGCCCCCGGGGCUGAGCACGUGUCAGCACAGGUCCAGCGCACGGAGGACGGCGCGGCCCUUGUCCGGAUACUUUGGCUCUGGCCCGGCCCCGCCGGCCUUUCCCGCGUCCCGCACCUGGCCGCCCCGCGGCUGCUCCGGGGCUCCCGCGCGGCACCGGGGGGCGCUCGGGAUCCGGCUGCGGCGCGAGGCGCCGCGCGGCCCGCUCCACCCGCCCGGGCAGGUGGUGGCUGCGCGCCCCGCCCGAGGCCAGGGGAUCCCCCUUCCGUCGCGGCUCUCGAAGGGGACCCCCGGACCCCGCACCGAGCCACCUGCGCCCCCCGCCGUGGAGUCCCCCGUGGAAGCCCGCUAGGGCCGGGGGACACCGCGCGCCCCCCGGAAACCCGAGGUGGGGCCCCGAGGUCCUCAAAACGGGGUCUCGGCACGUCCCGCGCGCUCCCCGCCCCCCGCCCGCUCUCGCCCCCGCGCGCCCCUCGCCCCCCCCGCCCGCCCGCGUGUCCCCCCCGCUCGCGCCUCGGGGGCGGGCCCGGGCCGGGGGCGGGGCGAGGCCCGGCGGGCGCCCAUUGGCGCGGGCGCGCGGCCAGCGGGGCCCGGGCGGGCGCCGAGCCGCGGGGCGGCGCGGCUAUAAGAGCCGGGCGUGGGCGCCCGCACUUCGCCUGCUCUCCGGCGGAGCUGCACGCCGCCCGCCGCCUCGCUGCUGACCCCCGACCCGGGCGCCGUCGGCGGGGCCGCGCUCCGUCGGGCCUGCGGACUCCCCGCCGCCUCCUCCUCCAUCUACCUCAACGCCCGUCCCCGCUUCGCCCGAGGAGGCGGUCCCCCCCGCAGGCAGUCCGGCCCGCAGGCCGCCGGCGUCGUCACCCCCCGCGCUCCCCCCCGGCCCUCCCCUGCGCGCAGCCUCGGCCGCUCUCUGCCUCCUCGCCGCGCCCCCGAGCGGCCCCGAGCGGCGCCGCCGCCUGCUUCCCCCCGAGGCCCGGGCUCGCGACGGCCGAGGGCUCCGUCGGCCCACACCGAGCUGGGCGCCCGCGGCGCGGGGACGCCUCCACUCCGCCCCCACUCAGGCCCUGCCCCGGCCCCCCGACGUGGCCGCCUUCCCCGGCUUCUCUGCGCUCCCCGGCCCCUCUCUGCGCCUGGCCCCGGCCCCCCUUUCUCCCGCCGCCUGCCCUGCGCUCCCUCCCGGCCCCCCCGGCUCCUGGCCUCCGACUCCCGCCCCCCUCACGCCCGCCCUCCCUCCCGCGCCCACGUCGCGCCGCGAGUGGGCUCAUCGUAGCUUCUGUUUCUCUGGCGCUGUCCUCGCCCGCUGCGACCUGCCCGCCUCUCGCUGUCCCCUCUCCGUCUCGCCCGCUCUUCGGCCCCCCCCGUUUCACGUUCACUCUGUCUCUCCGACUGUCUCUGUCCCCUCCUGUCCUUGAUACAACAGCCGACCUCAUUUCCCGACACCCUUUCCCCCCCGAAAAGUACAACAUCUGGCCCGCCCCAGCCCGAAGACAGCCCGCCCCCCCUAAGCGAUCGGACGAGUCCUCCCACCCCCCACAAAAGCCAUCCCCCCGCUCUGCCCCGUCGCACAUUCGGCCCCCGCGACCCGGCCAGAGCGGCGCUGGCAGAGGAGUGCCCGGCAGGAGGGCCAACGCCCGCUGUUCGGUUUGCGAUACGCAGCAGGGAGGCGGGCGCAGCGACGCCGGCUUCCAGACCCUGAUAGGCCUCCCGAUGGGGAAGUCGACGCUGGUGCUCCUCGCCUUCUUGGCCUUUGCCUCGUGCUGCAUUGCUGCUUACCGCCCCAGUGAGACCCUGUGCGGCGGGGAGCUGGUGGACACCCUCCAGUUUGUCUGUGGGGACCGCGGCUUUUACUUCAGCAGGCCUGCGAGCCGCGUGAGCCGCCGCAGCCGUGGCAUCGUUGAGGAGUGCUGCUUCCGCAGCUGCGACCUGGCCCUCCUGGAGACCUACUGCGCCACCCCCGCCAAGUCCGAGAGGGACGUGUCGACCCCUCCGACCGUGCUUCCGGACAACUUCCCCAGAUACCCCGUGGGCAAGUUCUUCCACUAUGACACCUGGAAGCAGUCCACCCAACGCCUGCGCAGGGGCCUGCCUGCCCUCCUGCGCGCCCGCCGGGGUCGCGUGCUCGCCAAGGAGCUCGAGGCGUUCAGAGAGGCCAAGCGUCACCGUCCCCUGAUCGCCCUGCCCACCCUAGACCCCGCCCACGGGGGCGCCUCUCCGGAGAUGUCCAGCAAUUAGAAGUGAGCCAAAUUGUCGUGAUUCUGCACCAUGGUACCAUCACUCUGUGACUCCUCUUGACCAGGGUUUUUCCAUCGGGUCCCAUCCUAAAAUCUCUCUGUGCCAUCUCCCCCGGCGGGCUUCUCCCAACCCUAGCCCCCAUGCCCCGCCUCCCCAGAUCAGGCUCUUCUCUCUUCGGCCCCGUCCACCGGGCUGAGGGAAUACAGCAACAUCUUCAAAAAUAUACAGAACCGAUUGGCUUUAAACAUCCUCCACACAACACUCCCCCCCCCAAAUUAUCCCCAAAUUACCCCCACUCAUCAAAAAAUUGAAGACAUGAAACCCUAAAACACACACACACACCAGCUCCCUUGAAACUAAUUGGCUUUUUAAAGAAACAGCAGAAACACUAAUUAGCUUAAAAAAAAAAAAAAAAAAAAAACCCAAAAACCAAAAAAAUCAAUUGGCUGAAAAAAUACUAAAAACGAAUUGGCUUAGGAACAAUUGGCAAAAUAAAGGAAUUUGGCAGCCCCCCCCCCCUUCCUUCUCUUCCACUCGGGACCUUGAGUCAAAUUGGCUUGGACUUGAGUCCCUGAAGCAUCCAAGAGAAAGGAAGGGGACUCACAGGUGGUCACGUGAGUGCCCCAUGCCAUCUCCCUUCUCACGAGAACCUUUUGACUGGGCACUUCCUCUGUGAAUCGGCUGUCCCAACAACACCAGGGACCCAGACUCAUUCCUUGCUCAAUUUUCCAUCACUAGAGAUCAUCACGAGGCUAGUUGGAGGGACCCAAUAAGACCAAAGGAGGGGAAAAUGGACCGUGAAAACCAAAAUUCGGCAAAUAAAACUUAAUUGGCGUUAACCUCCAAAUUCCACCAAAUCUUACAUCCCAAUCCUCACCCUAAAGAGCACACACACCCACAUGCAUCCCUGCAGCCACACGGACACACACCUGCAGGCGCAACAUACCCUCACACACUCAUGCACCCACCUGCACACACACCUUCACACACAUAUGCACACACAUGCACCCACCACACACACCUUCACACACACACGUACACACAUGCACCCACCACACACACACACACACUUCACACACAUGCACCCACCACACACACACACUUCACACACACAUGCACCCACCACACACACCUUCACACACACAUACACCCACCACACACACCUUCACACACACAUACACCCA